UUUCCUUUACCUUUUCCGCGCGCUUUUUAUUUUAAUGGGCACGGCAGCCUCUCGCUCCCUCCCCCGUCUCCGACUCCGCGCCACGCGCCGCCCGACACUUCGCAGAUGACGGCCGCCGCCGCCGACGUCUCCAUCCAAUGACCCCUCUGCCCCUCCUCCUGCUCGUCCUCCUCAUUGGUGCCGCGCCCGCCCCCGCCUCCGCCUCCACGCUCGCUGUCUCGGGCGGCGCCUCGCCCACCGUCUGCGGCGUCGCGGCCGUCAACGGCACCGUCUACUGCGAGCCGCUCUCGGGGGCGGCGAACUCCUCGGCCUCCGCCGUCGCUCCGUACAUCGCCUUCGCGGAGGUCUCGGCCGGGCGGGGCUUCGUCUGCGGGCUCCGGGCCGGGGGCGCCGCGCUCUUCUGCUGGCCGCCGGCCGCACCGGGGCAGCUCAGGCGGGUGUACAACGGGCCCGCCGCGCUCGAGGACCUCGCCGUCGGCGCGGACCACGUCGCGGCGUACGACGAGGCCGCGCGGAGGAUACUAUGGUGGCGCGGCGGGGGGAGGUUCCCCGCGUACGUCGACGGGGGGUUCAGGUCGCUCGUCUCCGGCGACGGGUUCUCGUGUGCGGUGGAGACCAACUCCUCCGGGGCCGUCCGGUGCUGGGGUCCGCGCGGUAGUGCCGUGCAGACGGCCUUCGCGAACGCCUCCGCCGUGUCCUACCUCGCAGCGGGAGGGACCCGCGCCUGCGGUCUGGAGGCGUCCGGCGCCGUGCUCUGCUCGGGCUCCGGCUCGGCCAACUCCUCCGGCGCGGUGCCUCGCGAUCUCUACCUAUACGGGCUGGCCGUCGGCGACUCCCACGCGUGCGGACUCCGGCGGCCGAACCACACCGCCGUGUGCUGGAGCCUCGGGGGCCCCACGACCACCGUGUACUAUCCGGCGUACGGGACGGCGUUCGAGUUCCUCGUCGCCGACGGCAACCUCACGUGUGGCCUCGUCACCGCCGACUUCACCGUGCUGUGCUGGUCAUCCACGGAUCUCGUGGCGACGCAGGUGCCGUUGCAGGGGAUCCUCCCCGGCGUCUGCGUCCGCAACGAGAGCUCGUGCGCAUGCGACUACUUGCCGCAGUCGGAGCUGCUCUGCGCGGGCUCCGGCGGCGGCGUAAUCUGCGACAGGCUCUGCGACAUUUCGCCGCCACCUACGCCUAUUUCUCCCCCUCCGUCGUCGACUCCGCCGCCGGCACCAUCACGUAGGGGCGUGCCCAAAGGCUGGAUUGCGUUCGCCGUCGUCGGCGCGGUGGGCGCCUUCGCGGGCCUCUGCUCCAUCGUGUACUGUUUCGUCUUCGGCUUCUGCAGCAACAAGAGGGUGCACAACUCCGUGCAACCCAACAUCGCCAGUACCGCCGCCGCACCCGCCGCCGACGACGACAACAACAACAACAACGGCGGCGCCUCGAGCCCCUAUGGGUCGCCGAACGGGUCGCGGGCGCGCGGCCUCUUCCGGCGGCAGCUGUCGCGCGUCAUGACGCGGCAGCGCAGCGGGCCGUCGUCGUUCAAGGACCAAGCCGAGGAGUUCACGUUCGCGCAGCUGGAGGCGGCGACCAAAGGCUUCGCGUUGGAGGCCAAGAUCGGCGAGGGCAGCUUCGGCACGGUGUACCGCGGCAAGCUCCCUGACGGGCGCGAGGUGGCCAUCAAACGCGGCGAGUCAGGGCCACGCGCCCGCCGGUUUCAGGAGAAGGAGAGCGCAUUCCGGUCGGAGCUGGCCUUCCUGUCCCGCCUCCACCACAAACACCUCGUUGGCCUCGUCGGCUACUGCGAGGAGAACGAGGAGCGCCUGCUCGUGUACGAGUACAUGAAGAACGGCGCGCUGUACGACCACCUCCACCCCAAGUCCCCGCCUUCGCCGCCGUCCCCAGUGGCCUCGUCGUGGAAGCUGCGCAUCAAGAUCCUGCUGGACGCGUCCCGCGGAAUCGAGUACCUGCACUCGUACGCCGUGCCGCCCAUCAUCCACCGCGACAUCAAGUCGUCCAACAUCCUGCUCGACGGCGGGUGGACGGCGCGCGUCUCGGACUUCGGGCUCUCGCUGAUGGAUCCCGAGGCGGAGGAGGCGCAGGGGCACCUGACCGUGAAGGCCGCCGGCACGGUGGGGUACAUGGACCCGGAGUACUACGGCCUGCACCACCUGACCGUGAAGAGCGACGUGUACGGGUUCGGCGUGGUGACGCUGGAGGUGCUGACGGGGAAGCGCGCCAUCUUCAAGGAGGCCGAGGGCGGUAACCCCGUGAGCGUGGUGGACUACGCCGUGCCCAGCAUCGUGGCCGGGGAGCUCUGCAAGGUUCUUGACGCGCGCGCGCCUGAGCCCGCCGCGGACGAGGCCGAGGCCGUGGAGCUCGUCGCCUACACCGCGGUGCACUGUGUCCGGCUGGAGGGGAAGGACCGGCCGGCGAUGGCCGACAUCGUGGCCAACCUCGAGACCGCGUUUGCGCUCUGCGAGGGCAGCGCCGGCGACCGUGGUGGAGGCGGCUUUGGUAAUAGCUCGUCCAGCGCCAGCCUCUCCAUCACGUCCAUGGAUGACCGGGAGCAUUAGUUUGAUGAUUUUGCCCAUUGUUGUUAAUGUAAGUGUUGGAGAAUUGAAUUGUGUUCGUAUUCAUUGAUAACACCAGUAUAUAGAGAGUUUACAGGAGCGGCAAAA